UGUUUUGUAACAGACAGAGAAAGUGAGGAUGCUGGUAUCUUCUUAUGCAUGUAAUGUUCGUAUGGAUGGAGGAAGUGAGUGAAAUAUUUGCCUGGAUUGUUCAAACUUCGAGAUGGUUGAAGAGAAAAUGGGUGGAUGCUGGAGUCAAACAAAGGAUCAGUUUGAUAACUUGGAAAAGCACACACAGUGGGGAAUCGACUUUGUAGAAAAAUACACCAAAUUUGUAAAGGAGAGAUCAGAGAUCGAGCUUAACUAUGCAAGACAGAUCAGGAAUCUGUCGAAGAAAUACCAGCCUAAGAAAAAAGAGGAGGACGAGAAUAAGUACACAUGGUGUCGUGCAUUUCAUUCUACGCUAAACGAGCUAAACGAUUACGCCGGCCAGCAUGAAGUCAUUGCAGAGAACAUGACAUCACAGAUUAUUGCUGAACUCUCGCGAUACACACAGGAACUCAAAACAGAGAGGAAAACGCAUUUCCAUGAUGGACGAAAGGCACAGCAACAAGUCGAAGCUAGUUGGAAACAGCUGGAAGCGUGUAAGAGGAAGUUUGAGCGGGAUUGUAAGGAGGCAGACAGAGCACAGCAGUAUUUUGAAAAGUUGGACGCAGACAUCAACGUGACAAAAGCAGACGUGGAGAAGGCGCGACAGCAGGCUCAGAUGAGACACCAAAUGGCUUCUGACAGCAAGAGUGAAUAUUCUUCAUACCUGCAGAAAUUCAACCAAGAACAGAAUGAACAUUAUUACACCAUCAUCCCCAGUAUUUUCCAGAAGAUCCAGGUGAUGGAGGAGAAGAGGAUAGAUCGAGUGGGUGAUUCACUGAAAACGUUUGCCGAAGUUGACCGACAGAUUCUGCCCAUCAUCGGGAAAUGCCUGGAUGGAAUCACACAGGCAGCGGAGUCCAUCGAAUCCAAGACCGACUCGUCUCAGGUGAUAGAGUCGUAUAAGUCUGGCUUCGAGCCUCCAGGCGAUGUGGAGUUUGAAGACUACGGUCAGGCGAUGAAGAGGACGGUGUCUGAGACCAGCCUUACUAACUCACGCUCGGACAUCAAGAGCGAACGAUCGAGCAAGAGCAAGAGCAAAACACUCUGGCCUUUCAUUAAGAAAAACAAGCUUAUGUCCCUGUUAACAUCCCCCUUACCAUGCCAGCCCCCUCCUGACCCCCCCUCACCUUCUGCUGUGACCCCUGACCCCUGCCCCACUCCUCAGACCCCCAAACAGUCAAAGGAGCCCCUGUCCCACCGAUUCAACGACCUCAUGACCUCCAAGCCCAAAAUGCACUGCCUCAGGAGCCUCCGGCGCGGGCUCUCUCUCAAGCUGCUCUCACUCAAUGCCCACGUGCGGAACCUUAUCGAGGGUUCGAAUCCUGAAGACUUCAGUAAUCUUCCUCCAGAACAGAGACGGAAGAAGCUUCAGGCGAAGAUAGACGACAUCAAUAAAGACAUACAGAAAGAGAUGGACCAGAGAGACGCUUUGACUAAAAUGAAGGAGGUGUACGUGAAGAACCCACAGAUGGGGGAUCCCACCAGCGUGGACCCUCGGUUAGCAGAGAUCGCCCAAAACAUAGAGAAACUGCAGGCAGAGGCACAGAAAUUUGAGGGCUGGUUAGCGGAGGUGGAAGGAAGGAUGCCAGUAAAAAGUGACCUGCAGCGGAGGACGAGCGCCUUAUACGAGACUCAAAACAGCACGCCACCCACUAACAACAACUGCGCACAGGAUAGAGAGAGCAGUCCGGAUGGCAGUUACACAGAUGAGCAGAGUUCUGAGGUCCAGACUAAAGCCCAACCGGAACCGCCGGAGUUUGAUGAAUUUGACGAUGCAGAUGAAGAAAUUCUAUCCACCAUCGGCACCUGCAAAGCCCUCUACCCAUUUGAAGGUCAUAAUGAAGGCACUAUCUCAGUGACGGAGGGUGAGCUCUUGUAUGUUAUAGAGGAAGACAAAGGUGAUGGCUGGACGCGUGUUCGGAGAAAUGAGGAAGAGGAGGGUUACGUCCCCACAUCCUACGUCGAAGUUUUUCUAGACUCAAACGCCAAAGAGCUGUUUUCCUGGAGAAGGGUUUAUCUUUCUGAAGAUUCGUAAGGUAUGGAAGGAGGACUCAAUGAUGCAGGGCAAACAGCAGCCACAUGUGGGAAAAACUACCGCCUCCACUCCAUGACCCGCCCUAGAGUGAGACAGAUGAGAGACAGACAUAUAAAGAGAGCAAACUAAAGACAGGAACAGUGAAAGAAGAGAGAGAGAAAGAGGUUAUAUGGACCUCUUUGCCUUUAUAAUUCUCCUGCUGUAGAGAGGAACAGCAAAAAUCAGAGAAAUUAAAAAUAUUAUGACAUUAGAUUUGUUACAUGUCUGUUAUUUUAUAAUGAGGUGAAUAUGAUCUGCAUAUAUCAUUUUUUUUUUUUUUUUUUUUUUUUUUUUUUUUGCUUUGAGGCUCUCAAUGGCUGCUGAGCUUGCAGAGUUUACAGCAAUAUCUUUUUUUUUUAGGUCUGUUUGAAUGAGUGUAUGUGUGUGUUUGUGUCUUUAGCUGCUUGUACCAGUCUUGUUUCCUAUUCCCUACCCUAUCCCAAACAAAAAUACCCUUAAAAUCCAAGGGAUGUGGUCUGUAAAAGGGAGUUUACGGAUACUAGGAAAUUUCAUACGCAGAAGAUCAUCUCAGAUCUCAUGUACGCUUAUGCUGCAUUCCAUCCAAAGUCAGAUGUGGAAUAUUCCGACUUGAUAUCCCAACUUCCAAUCAUAAGCGUUUUGUUGGCUGAUGCUUGGAAGAUAACUUACAAAUAAAUACAAAAAAUGGCAAUGUUAGCAUUGUUUCACAGGUGUACGAUCAUCAGCAGAGAGGAUCAUUUAUUGUCUUUUACACAACUGUUUCUACAAACAUUUGCAAAGUGUUUGUAUAUCAUGUAACUUAGAAACUUUGUUUCAUUGGUGCAUUUAAUUUGUUUAAAAGUGAUCGUUUUAAUCGUUAACUCGUUAAACAUUAACUGUUUAACUCGCUUUGCGUGCUGGCAUGUAUGAAUUAUGAGUUGGAAAUGUUUUCCAAGUUAGAAGUCCAGAGUUUCCGAGUUAGAUGUUGGACCUCAAGUGCCAUUCUAUUGCAUGUUUCAAAGUAGCAGUUUGGAAAUUCCAAUGCAAGUGAAUUUGGUCCAGAACUUUGAAGCUCCAAAAAGCAUAAAAAGGCAGCAUAAAAGUAAUCCAUAAAUCUCCAGUGGUUUAAUCCAGGUCUUCUGAAGCGACCUAAUCUGUUUUGGGUGUGAACAGACCAAAAUGUAACUCCUAUUUCACUGUACACCUUGCCAUUGCAGCCUCUAGGCACGGUCUUGAUUUCAAGCUUGAUUGGCGCUAGGAAGUGUCACUGAACUUGAAAUCAUGAUCGUCAAGGAGACUGCAAAAGUCAAAUUAUUGAUAUUUUGGUCUGUUCUCACCCAAAACAGAUUAGGUCGCUUUAGAAGACAUGGAUUUGACCACUGGAGUCUUAUAACUUGCUUUUAUGCUGCCUUUAUGUGCUUUUUAGAGCUUCAAAGUUUUGGUCAUUAUUCACUUACAUUGUAUGGACAUAAAAGACUGAGAUACUCUUUUAAAAAUCUUAGGUUGUUUUCAGCAGAAGAAAGAAAGUCAUACUCAUCUAGCAUGUGUAUGAGGGUGAGUAAAUGAUGAGAGAAUUGACAUUUUUGGGUGACCUUUUUCUUUAAGUCACAGUCACGCUAGGCUUUGAGUGUGCAAAAUUAUUUCAGAAACUGAAAUGAACAGAAUAUGAUAUAAUGCUCCAUGGCGUCUGGUUUUAAUAAACAUUAAACCACAAAUAGCAUAUAAUGUUAUAUUCGUAAUGUCAAAAUAAAAACAUGCAGCUUUGAAAUGUGUAUUCUUUGCAUUGAAUUAAGAAGCCAAUCUUUGGCCUCUCCAUCAUCUAUUGGUCACAUGUCUUCUCGUCAUCUGAAUUCGUAGGUGAGAGUUCACCAAGCUUGAACGUUUGAAUGGAGCGCAGAGUGUAGUGUGAUGGCCGCUUUAGCGAGUUGGAACGCUUUAAAAUGUUUUGGAAUUCCGUACAAAUGGCUCCUCUAUCAGGCCACACCCCUUUAGACCCUUUGACUCCACCUUCCGAAGAUAAUACCUGCGAGCCAAUGGUUGCACAUAUGGCUGUGUCACCAAUCAGGGGUGGGGCUUAACAUGGCUAAUAGCAUGUCUGCUUGCCCUGACACCUCAUCUGCCUCCGCCCUUCCAGUGCAAUUACUAAAAGCUUCGUCUGUUAACUGUCUGUUUGUUUGCCAUCUUUUCGAACUAAUUUUUUUCCAUACACGUCCUUUUUGGUGCCCUUUUGUCCCCUCAUAUGAUUUACAUUUUCGUUCAUCCAAACACUUCCUGCUUUUCCUUAACCGUCCAAUAGUUGCUCAACACAUUCAAGCAAGCGCUGUUUAUUUUUUGUUGUGUGGGGUACGGGCUAUUUCUGCGAACACAUGAUAUAUACAUACAUGAAUAUAAUAAUGUCCUGUUAAUAUGAGUAUGUAUUUAUUGUGACAGUUGUUUUGUUAAUGUUUCUAUGGUUUUACCCUGUGGAGUUCCCAGAUGAGAAUCCUGCAAUCUUAUUGGUUUAGCCGGUUUCAGUAACCUUGAGAACAAGGGUCCAUAUGAAGUGUUGGGGUUACAUGUUAUGGUUUCAAUGUACUCUGAGCCAAAUGUACAGGUUAAAUAGACAUUUAACAUGCAUCAUGUUAACUUGAACUAGACUCCAUGCUUUAGGCUUUUGAUUAAUCUGAUAAUUUUUUUUCCCGUCUUAUUUUAAUUACUGUGGUUUGCUGGAGAGAAGCCUGUUUUUAUUUGAUCUUCUUCUGUAAUGUCUGUCGUGAAGAGAUUAUUUUUUUAAUUUCAUCAUCUUCCACGACUACUCGCCACUCCUUAAGGCACAUAAAUAAUUGUAACUUUUCUUUUUAGAUUUUUCAAUUCUCUCACACAGUCAUUUUGGGUCCAGGAGAGGUUUUGGAUAUUUUAUUUUAUUUUAACUGAAUCUAGGUAGGUUUGAAGCCCAGAGCAUUCUCAUAAAUCUCAGUAAGCUUCAUCAAUAUAAAAAUGUAUUUUCUUUCACAUCACAAAACUGCUAUUUGAUGCUGAAAGCUUUUAUUACAGUAUGUUUUACGAAGCGCUUAUUGAUGAGUUAUAAUAUUUUAGGUUGAAUGAAUUGAGCAGCCUAAUAACUGACUAGUUGUUGAUGAAUCUGUAAAUAUAAAAAUGUGAAAUAAAUCAGAGGAUGUUUUGAAAAGCAGAGAACAUCUCACCAUCUUCAAGGGGAAAACAUCAUUAUGUCUGUCUUCCAUCCUUCUGUGUGAACACACAAGUGCUAUGUCUCUAUUUGAGAACAAAACGAUUGCAAAACAUUUAUAACAUUUCAGCAUUUUGAGCUUUGUUAUACACUGCCGCUAUCACCUUAUGGCAUUCACAUACACACACAGCUGUCUCUGUAACAUAAGAGAGCUGAUAUGUUGCCUAUGAGUGACAAGAAUCAAUUGUCCUCGGCCCCUAUACCUGCUCUUUUGGGCUACAAAACACCAUUCCCAAUUCAGAAAACUAUAAAUAUAAUUCUAUACAUGUAUAUCUAUACGUACAAGUCUAUAAAUAAGAGUGAACUACCAAAACAUUGUUAGAGUCUAUUUUUAAAUUAGAUUAAUAAAAAUGACCUGGUUUCUUUUCUCUGCUUUGCUUAAUGAAUUUUAAAAAAUUGUCUCGUUUGGUGGGUCUGCCAAAUGUUUGUUUUGCACUUUUUUGUUUGUGUUCUGUUUGUUACGCUUGUGUUUUUGAGCACUGAAUACUUUGUAUGUGUUAACUGUGCCAAUUAAAAAUAGAGGGGAAAAAGUAAAUAA